AUGUUGCUCGUGUCAUUUGCCAAAGUAGUUCUGAUAGCGAGUGUGCUCGAAGCUCAUGGAGAUUCAAAUGGGAAAGGAUUCAAGUUUCUUGGAAGCGAGUUCUGGCCAAGCAAUUUUAUGGAGCACUGCUCUAAUCAAAGGAACGACAACAGCCAUUCAGCUGAUCUGUCGUGUUAUUCAUAUCAUAUAAAUCUCGAGAGAGUGAACGUUGAGAUCAUGAGCCGAAAGCCAUUGCUCCUAGUUUAUCGCCAUUUCGCGGGAGAAUCCGAGAGAAAUCAGUUCAUUGAUGAUAUCAAUCAAAACUCUUUGGAGUAUCAAAAUGUUGUUGAUGAUUCCAAAGGAAGAAUAUUGUCCAGCUCAAGACAAGCUAACGGUACAUGGUUUACCCAUGAACAGACUGAAGGUUCCGCUAAGCUAUACAGAAAAGCUGUACGGUUAAUUCCUUCCAUUAACUUUGAGUCUUCUGAGUUUUGGCAGGCUCUUUCUUAUAACUCUGGGGGACAUUAUGCUCCUCACUACGAUUUCUUAGAGUAUGAAAGAGAAGAAGAUCAUGACUUUUGGAUGAAACAUUAUGGCAAUCGUUUUGCUACUUUUCUCCUCAUCUUGAAAACAGCUGAAGUCGGAGGAGGCACUACGUUCCCUCUCAUAUCGACAACAGUCAAGCCUUAUCCAGGCGAUGCUAUCUUAUGGAUGAACAUGACUCCAGAAGGAAGAGGAGAUACAACAUCAUUGCAUGGAGCUUGCCCGAUCAUUGAAGGGAACAAGAUUGCUGCAACUCUUUGGAUACGAGAAAGAGGUCAGGAAAUGAGAACAAAACAAGUUAAUCCAAUCAAGCAUGAUAUCGAACCUUUCAUACGACCCUUUCAUUUAUAA